UGGGCGGAAGUAGCUUCGCUGGUGUCCACGAUGGGUCGCAAAAACAAGAAGAAUCGGCAAGACGGCGCCUCGGAACUCCGGCGAGUCAUCACCUUCGAUGAGGAGAGUCGACGGGAAUACUUGACAGGAUUCCACAAGCGAAAGGUUGAGAGGAGGAAAAUAGCUGUGGAAGAGAUAAAGCGCAAACUAAAGGAGGAACAACAGAAGAUGAAGGAAGAGCGCCACAAGGAAUACAUGAAGAUGCUGAAGGAGAGAGAGGAAGCCUUAGACGAGGCUGACCAAUUGGAGUAUAUGGUGACCUCACAGAAGGAGUUGAUGAGCUACGAUCACCCAAACCACACAGUUACUGUUACUACAGUCAGUGACCUGGACCUCUCGGGAGCACGCCUGCUGGGGCUGGACGGUCAAGAGGAAGAUGCCGAACCAAAAGGAGAAGAUGAUGUCUCAAGGAAAUCAACAUGCACGUUGCCUAAGAAAUCUAGAGACCCCUUCCUCUCUGAGAGGAUCUCUUCGCUCACCACCUCGCUGCAUACCCGUAGUCAGAGAAAGACCAAAGGCAAGCUGUCUAGGCAGAGUCAAAGCAUAAAGAAGAGAGCCCAGAAACCAAGUACAGGCCGAACCAGCAAGUCUCAGCGUCGAAGAAUGACGGGCAAAGGCCGGCGUGUUCGAGACUGAUGACCAAAAGGAAAGGAAGGGGCGUGGCCUGAGCAGAAGCAAAUGGCUGCUCGGCAGCAUGGCUUACUGGGAAAGACCAUUUUAUACAGAUUGUGUCUCCGUUGUUGGAGAAUUGCUGUUGAGCUGCAGAAGUCUCCUAAACUAAUUCAGGAGCUGAGGAGUGUUGGGUAAAUGCUUCAUUUUGCAUGCACACUCCUGCCCCUAAGGAAGUUUGCUUGUACUGCGUGGGGCUCUCUCAGCAGAAAUCUUGCUUUCCUGUGAGAGAAUUGGGCAGGGGAGCGUGCUUCCCUCUCUCCCUGUCCAGGUGUGGGUGAUGGCCAGAUCCAUUUAAACAUCAGAAGUCUCCUGGAAGUGUCCACUUGGCAUUCAUGUUCUUGCUCUUGUAUGAAUGGUUUCUCACCUCUGUGACAUCCCAGACCAUUCCUCCCAGGAAAUCUGGUGCCAUGGAUUCUUA